CCGGUUUGCAAAGAUCUUGCUAAUCCAUUUACUCUUCCAGGAGGGUUCUGGCCCUACGAUCGAGCCUUCAGGCACCCCUUUCUUUUUUUGCCUUUUCGUAGCAGCCACGCCAACCGCCAAUACUGUGGUUAGAGAGGCAGCAAAACUACCAAUAUCCGGGGCAUGACGCGGGACACAUGGUCUCUCUUUUUUUGCCGAUGCCUUCGACAUUCAGUGCAGCAUGCUGUUUUUUCGACAUUAUAUCAAGUCGAUCGGCUUUGACAACACAUUUCCACGACUCUAGGGCUUCAAUGAUGGUGCGGGUGCUGUGUGAGCCGUUCCAUUUGCAUUUUGCAUGCAGAAUGCAGAAUGCGGAGUGGUGACCGUGAACGGAUACGAUACUUGCUACUCAGCUCCGCUACUCACCGAGGACGAUUCACACCACACAGCUGGCCAGUACCGUCUUUCUACCCCCGAGGGCUAUGACCUAUGUCGAGGAAAACUCGACAUUAUCACUAAGCAAGAUUGCAGGUGUUGGUUGAAGUCAAUCCGCACUUUCUGGUGUGGACGAGUUCAGACGUAGGUGUGGAAACGCAUCCAACACACAACGCAAAGG